CUAUGUGACGUAAUUGUGUAUCAUGGCAACAAGACGUGCCUCCUCGCUCUAUCAGUCACACCAUCCAGGUUCAGCGAAUGCAACUGCAAGUCCAUUGCAACUGCUGUAGUUACCACCAGUAACUAUGUCUUCAUUUGGGAAUCGGUCCGAAUGAAGACACCUGCUACCAGCUAGCAAGUCAUCGUUGUCUUGCUAGCGGUGUCGUUUUUAGCUGAGUUAUUUGCGUCUUCUACUUUAGCUAACUUACUGUACAGACGAGCCACGGAAAGAGUAGUCACGUCACGCUAGCUGGCCAAAUCGUGUUCUCUGUCGUGUAGUUUAGGCUAGUCAUCGAGGUGGACAUCCAAGGAACAAAAUGAUGCUUGAAUCCAUCAAGGUUACCGAGUGUCUCCACUGGCCAGAGGUGGAGCAGACUAAGAAGCACGUGUUGAGCCCAGCGGAGAAGCCCCUGAGCCCCAGCCAGCUGUGCCUGGAGCGCCUGCCAUCCGGGGUGCUGAAGGACCUCUUCACCACAGGGACCAGCAGCUUCAACGUGCUGCUGCAGAGCGAGGAGGAAGAGCGCCAGAGCCCCAAACACUCCCCCUACCACCGGCCUCGGAGGGCCCUCCGCUGCGCCUCCAUGUCCGGACAGGCGGCGGGGGGGCCGGGGGUGGGGUCGGGGCGUAACGAUAAGUGCCGCGCCUCCAGCACGGUGGGGUCCCUGAUGCUGCCGACGCCGGGGGCCUGUGGAGACGCGCAUCAGAGCCCGGCAAUCUUGUCCGCGGGAGCCCUCCAGGCGAGCGGCGGCAGUGGCGGCGGCGGCCUCAGGCUCAGCCAGAGCAUCACGGUGCUGGGUAGCACCAUGGGCCUGGCCCCCCGGCCCAGCAUCCAGACCCGCAAGAGCGCCCUGGGCAACGCCCCGCGCACCACCAAGCUCCCCCUCCUGCCAAAGAGUGGCGUUGCGCGCGAGGCGGAGAACUCCAUCAAGAAGCUGUGCAUCCUGACGGCCAUCAAGCCCACCAACGUGGAGAAGGAGAAGCUGAAGUUCUUCAAGUCCAACUACACCUACAACCCCCAGUUUGAGUACAGCAACCCUGUGUCCUCUCAGGUGCUGGCCAAACACAACAACGCCUCCGACCGCUUCCUGACGCAGGCGGUGCGCAUCAUGGAGCUGGCCCUGCAGAAGUACGGCAACUAUGAGAAGUUUGAACAGGCCACCGGGGGCAGCCUGCUCACCAAGAGCCGCAUCUGGUACCAGGUGAAGAAGUACAUGGAGAAGGAGGGCUGUCUGGGGGAGAUCGUGGUGCACCUGACGGACGACCUGCUGUCCCGGGCCUCCAUGACGGUAGUGAACAGCAGACCCACCCUCACCAUCAACAUGGCCACCGCACGAGAACACUGGCUGGAGGGCAUGCUUAGACACGAGAUAGGCACACACUACUUCCGGGGCAUCAACAACGGCCAGCAGCCCUGGGGCAGCAGCAGCGGCCGCAAGAAGCACAACCUUCGACCUUUGAACCCCACGGAGGAGGGCCUGGCCAGCAUCCACAGCGUGCUGUUCCGGAAGGAUCCGACGCUGUGGCGCGCGGCGCUGCUGUACUACACGGUGCACCAGGCCAGCUGCAUGCCCUUCGCCCAGCUGUUCCAGGACCUGGGCCGCUUCCUGCACGACCCCAACACGCGCUGGGACUACUGCGUGCGCGCCAAGAGAGGACAGACAGACACCUCGCAGCCAGGCUGCUUCAGUAAGGACCAAGUGUACCUGGACGGCAUCCUGAAGAUCCUCCGGCACCGGGAGAAGAUUGACUUUCCUCUGCUGAUGGCGCUGGGGAAGGUGUCGUUCGAGGACAUAGAGAGGCUCCGCGACCAGGCUGUGAUGGAGCACGUGCGGAUACCUCACUUCCUGCAGGACGAGGCGCGCUACAGCGAGCAGCUCCUCAAGAUCAUGGAGGUCAACCAGCUGACCGACGACGAGCUCAGGGCCCUCAUCUGAGCGCGCUCACAACCACUCCACAGAGCAGCCGACACACGGACCCAACCUGAGCCAGGACCAGCUGCUACUUACGAGCACC